AUGGCGACAGCAUAUUACUUCGCAGCGCACUUCAACCUGCCCGGAAACCAUGCAAUGAACGAGCCCUGGUUCCCAACCACUACGCUUUACAAUGUGCCGCCGCUAUCGCCUGUUCUGACCGGGCAAGCGGAAGCCCAGAUCCAGCCUACUCUGUCAACACAACUCGCAACGACAACGACAAGAACAUCAACAAUGAGAAAUAAUGGAACAAAAAACCAAUCGACUUCCAUCUUUUUCCGUCUUCCAGCGGAAUUACGCAAUCAAAUCUACGAAGAGCUCCUCUGCCCCAACACACCACAUCACAAAAAUCUAGCCACGUAUUCUACGCCAUCGAAGCCACCAGCUGUUUACCCAGCUAUCCUUCAAACAUGUCGCAAGAUACAUGAAGAAGCCCAAGAUCUUCUUUACACAACACAUGUCUUCCACGCCCACCGAUCCCUCUUGACCGCUCUGCCACAUCUGAUCUGCCCAGAGAAGCCAAUCUUGUCUCAAUCUGGCAUCGCAAAGAUCAAUCGCUGGCAACUUGAACUACGUCUGGAUAUCGAUCCCCGAUUUACUAGCAGUCAAGCUACGGCCGCAUUCUCCGGUGCUGAGUUUUUAGAAGUGAAGGUUUGGCAGAGCAUGUUUGACGGGGCUGAUAACUCGCACUUGAGGCUGUUCACUGGUGUGAGAGGAGUAGGGGUUGCGAAGGUUACCGGUUGUGAUGAUGAGGGGUUAGCGAGGUGGUUGGAGGCGAGGAUGAUGAUGCCGAUUGAGCAGGAAGUAAAGAAUGAAGGGGGCUGUUGUCAGUGUGGCAAUAAGGUGGGUGGGGACAUGACAUGGUUUGGUGCGGCCAGAGAUCCUUGGACCUUUGGAAACAGAUAG